CUUCACCACUGAAUGGAUGAUGAUUGAUGAUGUUCACUUGCAUUGUUGAUUGAGAGUUUCAUUCAUUUCAUUGCCUAACAACACAUUCAACACUUCGUUGAAGUGAAUGAGAAAUGACAAUAUCUUGUUCACUUUCACUUCCUCAAUUACAUUCAUCCUUUCUUUCUUCUCCUCUUAAAUCCUUAUCUACUACACCAUUAGCUAGAAAUAAAUUUCAACCAAAACCCACAUUUUAUCCACGUAUUAGAGCUCUUGAACUUGAUCAAAACACGGUAGUUGCUAUAACUGUUGGUGUUUUGAGUGUGGCUGUUGGAAUUGGCAUACCAGUGUUUUAUGAAUCACAAAUUGAUAAUGCUGCUAAGAGAGAUAACACGCAGCCCUGCUUCCCAUGCAAUGGAUCUGGAGCUCAGAAAUGCAGAUUUUGUUUGGGAACCGGUAAUGUGACUGUUGAACUUGGUGGAGCUGAGACGGAGGUCUCUCGCUGCAUCAAUUGUGAUGGUGCGGGUUCACUGACAUGCACAACUUGUCAAGGAUCUGGAAUUCAACCUCGUUACCUUGAUCGUAGAGAAUUCAAAGACGAUGACUGAGAGAAGCUAAGAUUGUGGGCACUGAUUUUGGAUUUAAUCGUGAUGUUAAUGUACUCGUUCCAUUUCUUGUCUCUGUACACACCGCAUACAACUAUCAAAAUCAUGUUGAUGCUUUCAUUUGGUUUACAAUUUUAACCAGUGAUAUUAGGCCACUCCCUUUCAUGACCUAUCUAUGUAAAAUUUUGGUGUUUGUCGACAUUAUUUAUUGAAUGUCCUGUUGUAAAGAUUGAAUUUUGUUGUGUAUAUGGCCCCAGGUGAAAGUAACUAUGCUUACAUAACUAUCACCGUUGUUAGUUCUGUUCUUGUAAAUGAGUUUACUAUCUUUAAUGGCUG